AAAGCUCGAUGUACACGCGCACACUGUUCCUAGAAACAGAAACAGCGCAGAUAGCGUGACAGCGGUGAAGGAGCGGUCGACACGGAAAACUUACAGCCAAAACUCUCAGUCUGAAGGUGCAGCAGACACGAAAUUUGAACCAAACUAGAUAAAAAUUGAGAAAUGGAAAACAGAAAUUCAGAAAGUGACUCCCAGACACAAGCAGACCCACCAAAAACUACUUUGUUCAGUAAAGAGCCAAGCGGUAUAAAUUACAGGAUCCCAGCUAUAAUCUACAUCAACGACACUCAAACCUUUCUUGCUUUUGCUGAGAAAAGAACAUCACAACAUGAUCAUGAUGCCUCUCUCAUGUACAUGAGGAAGGGAACACGGCAGAAUGGGUCCAUUCAGUGGUCACCUGUUCGGGAGCUUAACACUGCUUGUUUGACUGGACAUCGCACCAUGAACCCGUGUCCGGUCUAUGAAAAAGAAUCUAAGAUUCUCUUUCUGUUCUUUAUCUGUGUGGAGGGCAAUACCAGUGAACAUUACCAGAUUCGCACUGGUAAGAACAAGGCUCGGCUGUGUUACGUCACUAGUAGUGAUAAUGGGCAGAAUUGGAGCAGCGUGGUAGACUUGACAGAAAGUGUGAUUAAAGAUGAGAUUCGAAAUUGGGCCACAUUUGCUGUUGGACCUGGACAUGGCAUUCAGAUGAAGAGUGGUAGACUCCUCAUUCCUGCUUAUGCCUAUUACAUGUGCAGAAAUGAUGAUGGUCACCCACCACAUACAAUGUCCCAGGCUUUUGCAUUCUACAGUGAUGAUUGUGGGACCACAUGGCAGUUCGGAGAACGAGUAAGCACCGAAUCUUGUGAGUGUUUGAUGGCAGAGAUCAUAGACAGAGAAGGCAGGAGUCACUUGUACUGCAAUGCAAGAAGCACUAGAGGUAAAAGGGUUGAGUCUUUUAGCAAAAGUUGCGGAGUGAAUUUUGAUCGUCCUCCAUCUUCACAGAACCUGGUAGAGUGUGGUCGUGGCUGCCAGGGUAGUGUGUUGAGCAUCGAUGUGCCUAAGGAACAAAAAAACGUAACAUCAGACACUGAGAACUGGCUCCUUUAUUCUCAUCCAACUGACAAAGUGAAGAGAAAGGAUCUUGGGGUUUACCUGAAUAAAUCUCCUCUCAGUGCCUCUGGUUGGAGUAAACCAUGGAUCGUCCAUCAUGGCCCCAGUGGAUACUCGGAUCUGACUCCAUGUGAGGAGCCUGAUCGCUUUGCUUGCCUCAUGGAGUGUGGGAAGAAGAGUGAACUUGAACAAAUAGCCUUUGUGGAGUUUUCCCUCUCUGAUAUCCUGAACAAUCAGUAGCUAUAUUUACACAAAUGGUAUUAAUCUAAAUGUUAAAAAAGAAGUGCCUAAAUCAGAAUAAAAUGACUGCCUUGGUUAAAUUGAGUUUGUGUAGCACUUAUAACAAUAGAUAAAGCAGCUUUACAGAACAUCCCGAUACGGAUGUAGAUCCCUAAUGAGUUAGCCAGAGGUGACACUGAACCCAUUGCCAUGUUCACUGAACCAGUUUGAGAUGAGGUUUGCUUGACCUGCUUUACGUAUUUGUCUGCUUUUUGUCACUAGUCCAGGCUGGUGGAAGUGGUUUACUGGUGUGUUAAAUGUUUUCAUGCCACACUCUGGGCCUGUUAAAACAAAUCAAUCAUCACUUUAAUUUCACAGACUAUUUAAGUAUUGUUGUUGCCACAAAGCACAUGUCAACUGGUUUCAUGAACAUGACAAUGAGUAACCAGAAUGGAAUCUACCUGAAAAAUCUGUAAGAACUGUAUGCUACAAUCAUAUCAACAUAGACCAGAAUCUUGGAAGAAAGAUUUCUUGUGGAAUCCCUGCCAUGAAGAACUGAGGCUGUUUUGAGAGCAACGGGGGGGCUUACCCAAUGUUAGUGUAAUGUUCCUAAUAAAAAGCCCAAUGAGCUUCAACCUAGUGCUUGGAACAUUUAUACUACCCAGACAUUAAAACAUUACUAUGUUUAUAUUGCUUAUCAUAUUAUGAUGCUUUGUAAGUAUGAUAGACAUGUGAUGUGCCACUCUAAUCUUGAGAGUAUAAGUAUAUGAAUGAAUAUAAUUAGCAGUAGUACUGAAGGUUAUGCACUUGUGGUUAUCCUAAUGCUUCAUUGCAUUAUAUUUUAUGGGAGGGUUCUAUCUAAUACUUAAGGGAGUGCUGUGGUUGCAUUUAUUUUUCCACUAUAUUAUUUAUUUCAAAUGUACUAUAUUCGAGAUGGCAGAACUGUGAUUAGUUAAUGGCUUAUGGAAACUUGGAAAAACGCAAAUUACAUCAAUUGCGAAAUCUGUAAAAUUGUGAAAUUGAUUUUUGAAAGCGAAUUUGAUUUUUUCUUUUACUUGGCAAUUGCUCAUGUGUUCAUUCUUUAAAUAAAUCACACAAUAUUUAUAUCA